GACAGAGGACAAGCUGACUGCACUGGACACCUACAUUCAUGACACCUCUAUCAGAACUAUGGUGGUGUACUUGGAUUCUAAUAAGGAUCUAAAAGUGAAAUUGUCCGUGCCAUCACAGAAUGCUGAUCUGGCCUACUUUAUCCGAGUCCCAGGAGCCCUCAUCACCCCAGAGACGUUUGACUGUGUGGUGCAGUUUGGCACGAUGCACAGCGGGCCCAAGAAGGCACUGCUGCAGCACAUGGUGGGUUCACAUGCACCUCUCAUUUCCGUAACCUCUAACUGGGAGAAGAACAUGAAGGAUCACUACAUCAACAACUUGCACUGCCUACUCGCCGAUCUCACAGAUGAAGUGUACAAAGAUGUGGACAGUACAGUGCUGUACAUCCCACUGGAGGGCCUCCAGUGCAGUCCUGAGGAGGCAGGCAAAGACAAGAAGCUUGUGCAGAGAAUGGAAACUAUCAUGAUCCACUGGACAGAUCAGAUCAAGAAAAUACUAAAUGAGCAAGAAAUCACCAAAAUGAGUGACUCAUGCGGCCCCCUGCAGGAGAUCAACCUGUGGAGAAGCCGCGCUGCUAAGUUAUUGGACAUCAGCCAGCAGCUUCAGAAACCUGGGGUCAAACAAAUCCAGAGCAUCCUGCAGCUGUCCAAGUCUCUGUACGCUCAGCGCUUUUCCAAACUGGUCCAUGAAAUCCAGAACUGCUCUGUGCAGGCCCAGUCCAACCUGUCCUUCCUGUCCAUACUGAAGGAGCCCUGUGAGGAGCUAGCCACUCUUAGACCCAGUCAGGUGCUUCCAAAGCUGCAGCACAUUAUACACCUCAUCCGUGUCAUCUGGAACAACUCACAGUACUACAACACCAGCGAGCGCAUCACUGGCCUCUUCCACAAGGUGUGUGACUGCCAGCACCAGUUUGCCCGAUGGGAGGAUGGUGAGCAGAGGCCCCUGCCCUGCUUUGGUGGCUGUCAAGGUCCAGAGUUCACUCGUUCUCUUCUGGAUUUAGAGGGGAAGUUCCACCAGGGGCUGCAAAACCUGCACUCUGUGGGCAAAGGCAUCCUGGAUGUGAAGGAUGCUUCAUGGAGAGUGGAGUUCACCAGGUUUGGAGCAAUGAUCAAGGACCUAGAAGUGACGGCACAGAAUCUCAUCAGUUCUGUCUUUAAAACAGUCAACACUGUAGAGGGGGGGGUGAGGAUGCUUGACAUCUUUAGGCCAAUAUCAAGUCGAGAGGCCAUCAAACGCACUACAGAGGAGAAAUAUGAACAAGUGUACAACAUUUUCAGUAAAGAGUUAAAGAUGGUGAACAAGGAGCUAAACCAGGGUAUGAGGAGCUCCCAUCACCACAUGCCUCAAGUCAUAUGCCAAGUUUACUGGCUCAGAUCGCUCAAACAGAGGCUGAUGAGGCCUAUGGAGGUGCUUCAGAAAGCCUACUUCAUGCCAGGGUCGUACAGCCGGAAGCAUGUGCUGGUCAUGUACAGCCAAAUGGUGCAGGUGCUGGAUGAGAUGAUGCGCAGGAGCUUCAGUGACUGGACUCAGGGCCUGGAUGGACAGUCCUUCACCAAACUCGAGCAGACUCUGAUGGCACGCUCCAAAGACCACAGUGGGUGCUUGGAGCUCAACUUUGAUACGAGCUUGUGGAUGCUGCUCUCAGAGGUUCAUUACUGGGAACGUCUGAAGUUUGAGAUCCCUCAGAGUGUGUCGGACAUUUACCGUGACAAAGCGGACUAUAGGAGCCUGAAGGAAAGAGUACUGCUUCUUAUUCGAUGCUACAACAGCAUUAUCGGAAUGCUUUCCCCCAUUGAGCGUGAGCUGUUUCGUGAUCGGAUAGAUUUCCUUGAUCGAAAGUUUCAGCCAGGCCUGUCCAAACACACGUGGCUGUCCAAGGGAGCAUCUAAUGUGUUUGUGCGGGAAUGUAUGGUUCAUGUGGACAAGGUGCACAGUAUUGUGGAGGGAUAUAAAUUAUCCAACAGGUCUAUCUCCAACCUCUGCUGUGAGAUCAGUGAAGCACUGUUGGUUCAACUGGAUGGGAAGACAGUUUACAGGAACCUGGACUUUGAGCAUAACCAGAGUACUCACCAGAAGAGCCAGCUCCAAAUUCUACAAUCAGCACACCAACAAAUAGUCCACAUAAUGACUGACAUCUAUGAGAUAUUUGCCCAAGAUGGACCUGCAGUGCAGGAGCAGUGGUGUGCCUUCACAGAGAAAGUCGAUCAUCUGAUAGAGGAGGCUCUGAGAGGCAACGUUAAGAACUCUAUCCAAAAGUUGGCCAAGGCUAUCAACGGAGACAGCAAGACCACACCCAACCCUCUGUUUAAAAUCUUGGUCACUCUGAGUCAAAAGAGCUCCCAGAGUCCGCCCAAGGUGGAAUUCUCUCCCACACUGUUCAAGCUAGCCCAACUCGUGAACAUUCUACCUCCUAUCUUAGAAAUCAUCUCCGGGUUUAAACGACUGCCUGAUCUUCUGAACCUCAAGAGCUCACAACAGACUCCCAUACAUGUCAAACUAGAGCAAGAUGAGGAGAUAAAGAAGAUCCAAGCAGUGAUUGCCACAGGGAUGAGCUCUAAUGCAAGCCAUCUUCAGGCCUAUCUCCAAACAUGGGACAAGUACAGAGAAAUCUGGGAGAUCAACAAAGACUUGUACAUCCAGGACUACAACAGAUACAGCCCGCCCAGCACUUUUGACAAAGAUAUCAAUGGGUACAAAGAGAAGGCAGGGAUCGUGCAGCAGGAGGAGACUGUGGUCAAUGUGCGCUUUGUCAUCCUGGACUGUUCCCCUCUCAAGUCGGCCCUGGUGCAGCACUGCAACGAGUGGCAAACCAAACUCACCAGGCUCCUGUGUGACAUCGCCACUACAAAACUCAAGGAGCUUCACACCUCCCUGCACGACAACGUCAAGAGACUUAAGCGUGUUCCCCAAACACUGGAAGAACUUGGUGAGAGCCUGAAUCUCUUGAACUCCCUAAAGAAUGAUUUGCCAAAGAUGGAGGCUCAGAUCCCUGUAAUCCAAGAACAGUUUGCCCUGUUGGACAAGAACGAGGAGCCACUGGAACAGGAGGUGCUGGACCUGCGUGAGGUGCUGAAUGAGGAGUGGGUGUGGUUUCAGCAGGCUCUCAUUGACUGUGACGCCACCCUUCAGAAGGACAAGGAGAAGUUCAAGCACAGUCUCAUGAUCUCAUUUGAGGAAUUCAAGAAGAAGAUUCAGAGUGUUAUUCAGGACUUCAACAGCACAGGUCCCUUUGAAAGUGUGCUGAGCUGUGAGAUGGCUUUAAGGGUGGUAGAACAACACCGUGCUCUGCUGGAAGUGCUGAAGCAGGAGGAGAAUAUCAUUAUAGGCGGUCUGGGCUUCUUCACCAUAGAGCAGCUCCCAUCCAAAAGUAUUAUUGCACUGGAAAAGGACAUAGACUACAUUCAGCAGGUGUGGGAGAUUGCAGACGACUGGAAUACCAAGUGGAACAUGUGGAAGGACGGACAGUUUGCCACUCUUCAGACAGAGAGCAUGGAGAGCACAGCACAGGACAUGUACAAGAAGCUCCAUAAACUGCAGAGAGAGCUCAAGGACAAGGAUUGGAACAUAGUGUCCUUCUCAAAGAACAAGAUUGAGCAGUUUAAGAAGAUUAUUCCUCUUAUUUCUGACCUCAGGAAUCCAGCCAUGAGAGACAGACACUGGACGCAGAUCCAUGAGGAGCUGCAGUGUCAGUUUGACCACACCAGUCCAGACUUCACCAUGGAGAAGAUCAUCUCCUUGGGCUUUGACAAGUUUGAUGACAGGAUCUGUGAGAUCUCUGGAGCUGCCACCAAAGAGCUCUCGAUUGAGCAGGGUCUAGAAACCAUCUCAAAGACAUGGGAGGAGAUGCUCCUGGACAUUAUACCAUACAAGGAGAUCUACUACCGGCUCAGAGGAACAGAUGAGGUUUUCCAAGCACUUGAGGACAACCAAGUGAUCCUGUCCACAAUGAAAGCGUCUCAUUUUGUUAAAGCAUUUGAAAAAGAAGUGGACUCUUGGGAACGCCGGCUUAGCCAUAUCAUGGAAGUCACCGACAUGAUACUGAUUGUGCAGCGCCAGUGGAUUUAUCUGGAGAAUAUUUUCCAAGGCAAAGACAUCCACGAGCAGCUUCCCUCUGAGAGUAAGAAAUUCCAGCAUCUGAGUUUGAGCUGGAAGACCAUAAUGGGCCGUCUGCACGAAAACCGCAACACUCUGCAGGGAACACAUCACCCGGGUCUGCUGGAGACACUAACAGACAUAUGCGGGCAGCUGGAAGACAUCCAGAAGGCCUUGGACAUGUACCUGGAGACCAAGAGGCAGAUCUUCCCCAGGUUUUACUUUCUUUCUAAUGAUGACGUGCUGGAGAUCCUGGGACAAUCACAGAACCCUGAGGCCAUGCAGCCUCACCUCAAGAAGUGCUUUGACAACAUCAAGAGUCUGAAGAUGGAGAAGGUGACAGGCUUUUCCAAAAAACUAGAAGCUCUGGGCAUGUUCUCUGCUGACGGAGAGUAUAUCCCCUUCAGCCUGACUCCGUCCCUGGAAAAGCCUGUGGAGUUGUGGCUCUGUGACAUUGAGAGAGUGAUGCGUGUCACUCUGAAAGACAGCCUGAACAACUGCCUCCUGGUCCUGAAGAAGAUGUUAGCUCAGAGGGAUAAAUGGGUCAGAGACUGGCCUGGACAGAUACUCAUCACAUCAAGUCAGAUCCAGUGGACUGCUGAUGUGACUAAAGCUCUCAUCACUGGGGAAGAACAAGGUGACAAGUCUUCUCUCAAGUCAAUGAAGAGAAAACAGAUCUCCAUGCUUCAAAACUAUUCUGAGCUGAUCCGGGGGAACCUGUCCAAAGUGCUGCGUCUGAAAGUGGUUGCCCUGGUUACAAUAGAAGUCCAUGCCCGCGACGUCAUUGAUAAGCUGGCCAAAGCAGGCUGCAAUGAUGUCAACGCCUUUGAAUGGCUCUGCCAGCUACGACUCUACUGGGAAAAGGAUGUGCAUGACUGCAUAAUUCGACAAACCAACACAUACUUCAGAUACGGAUAUGAAUAUCUGGGGAACUCUGGGCGUCUGGUUAUCACCCCACUCACAGACAGGUGUUACAUGACUCUGACCACUGCUCUGCACCUUCACCGCGGCGGCUCUCCUAAAGGCCCAGCGGGCACAGGCAAAACUGAAACUACCAAGGACCUGGGCAAAUCUCUGGGCCAGUAUGUCAUAGUGGUCAACUGCUCUGAAGGACUGGACUACAAAUCUAUGGGACGCAUGUACUCUGGCCUGGCACAGACAGGAGCGUGGGGCUGCUUCGAUGAGUUUAACCGUAUUAACAUUGAGGUGCUGUCCGUGGUGGCUCAGCAGAUCCUCUCCAUCCUUUCUGCUCUGUCGGCCACACAAUCCAACUUCAUCUUUGAGGGACAGAACAUCAGGCUGGUGCCCACCUGUGGCAUCUUUAUCACUAUGAACCCUGGAUAUGCUGGCCGGACUGAACUUCCCGAUAACCUCAAGUCCAUGUUCAGACCCAUCUCCAUGGUGGUGCCUGACUCCACCCUCAUUGCUGAAAUAAUACUCUUUGGAGAGGGCUUCAACAACUGCAAGCUCCUGGCUAAGAAGGUCUUCACGCUGUACUCACUGGCCAUGCAGCAGCUGUCCAAACAGGACCACUAUGACUUUGGGCUACGUGCUCUCACCUCUCUACUGCGAUAUGCUGGGAAUAAACGCCGCGUCUGUGCCACUUUGCCCGAUAAUGAGGUGCUGCUGAUGGCUAUGAAAGAUAUGAAUAUAGCUAAAUUGACCUCUGCAGAUCUGCCCUUGUUCAGUGGCAUUAUUCAGGACCUGUUCCCUGCUGUGGAAACACCUGUUCUUGACUAUGGAAAGCUGGAAGAGGCCAUAGACAUACAGCUGCGUCAGUGUGGACUCCAGGUGACUCCCUUCACCAUGACCAAAGUGAUCCAGCUGUAUGAGACCAAGAACUCGCGUCAUUCAUCCAUGCUGGUGGGAAAGACCGGCAGUGGCAAGACGGUCACCUGGAGAGUCCUACAGAGCGCACUCACUGCCCUCUGCCAGAAGAAGGUCCCAGGCUAUCAGGCUGUACAUGGUUACCCUCUGAACCCCAAGUCUGUCAGUCUGGGAGAGCUGUACGGAGAGAAUGACCUGUCAACCAACGAGUGGAGCGACGGGGUGCUCUCGUCUCUCAUGAGAACAGCCUGUGCAGAUGAGGAACCAGAUGAGAAGUGGAUAGUGUUCGAUGGGCCUGUGGACACUCUGUGGAUCGAGAGUAUGAACUCAGUUAUGGAUGACAAUAAGGUGCUGACGCUCAUUAACGGAGAGAGGAUAUCUAUGCCUGAACAGGUAUCUCUCCUUUUUGAGGUGGAGAAUCUGGCUCAGGCCUCGCCAGCCACGGUGUCCCGCUGUGGUAUGGUCUACAACGACUACACAGACCUGGGAUGGAAGCCUUUUGUGCAGUCUUGGCUCGACAAGCGGAAGAAGGCUGAGGUGGAGCAUCUGAAACCCUUGUUUGACAAAUAUGUUGAGCCCACACUGAUCUUCAAGAAGAACAACUGCAAAGAACUGAUUCCUAUCAAUGAGCUGAAUGGAGUCAUCUCUCUGUGUCGCCUUUAUGACUGUCUGGCCACGUCAGAAAAUGGAAUAAAUGUUUCAGACACAGAAAACUUGGAGCGCAUGGUAGAGCUGUGGUUCAUUUUCAGUCUCAUCUGGUCCAUCGGCGCCUCGGUCAAUGAGGAUGGACGCAAGAAGAUAGACAACUUUCUGAGGGAGCUGGAGGACACCUUCCCCAUUAAGGACACAGUUUACGAGUACUGUGUGGACACCAAAAGCAAAGCAUGGAUGCCUUUUGAGGAAAAGCUUACUAAAGGGUGGCGAUACAAUGCAAAUGCUCCAUUCUAUAAGAUCAUGGUGCCCACGGUGGACACGGUGAGGUACAACUUCCUGGUGAGGGCUCUGGUGAUGGGGCGGUACCCGGUGCUACUCUCUGGGCCUGUGGGCACUGGAAAGACCUCUGUAGCCCAGAGCAUACUGCAGGGCUUAGACAGCUUCAAGUGGGACACCUUCACUAUCAACAUGUCCUCACAGACCACUUCUAAUAACAUCCAGUCGAUUAUUGAGAGCCGACUGGAGAAGAGGACAAAGAGUGUGUUCAUGCCGAUGGGGGGUAAGCAUCUGCUGUGUUUCCUGGAUGACCUGAACAUGCCUGCGCUGGACCUAUUUGGCUCCCAGCCUCCUCUGGAGCUGCUGCGCCACUGGAUUGACUACAGCUUCUGGUAUGACCGCCAGAAGCAGACGCUCAAGGUGGUCAAGGACAUGUUCUUGCUGGCUUCCAUGGGUCCUCCUGGUGGAGGCAGGACUCAGAUCUCCAGCCGUCUGCAGAGUCGCUUCAACCUCAUCAACAUGACCUUUCCCAGUGAAUCCCAGAUCACGCGCAUCUACGGCACCAUGAUUAACCAGAAGCUGCAGGAGUUUAUAGAGGAGCUGAAGCCCAUUGGAACUGUGCUGACCCAGGCCACCAUCGAGCUGUACCUUGCCGUGUCCUCCAAGUUCCUCCCCACACCAGCCAAGAUGCACUACCUCUUCAACCUCAGGGACAUCUCCAAGGUUUUCCAGGGUUUAUUGCGAGCCCAUCCAGACUUCCAUGAUUCCAAACAGAACAUGGUCAGACUGUGGAUUCAUGAGUGUUUCAGGGUCUUCUCAGACAGGCUGGUAGAUCACAGUGACUUGGAGACCUUCACUGGCUUGCUGUCUGACAAACUGGCCUCACUCUUUGAUCUCACAUACCACAACAUAUGCCCCAAUAAACAACGCACUGUGUUUGGUGAUUUCCUGAGCGACCCUCCUGUAUACGAAGAUCUUCUGGACAUAAAAGCUCUGAAGGCCUUUAUGGAGACCCAGCUGGAAGACUACAACCUGACCCCCGGAGUUGUGCCAAUGAAGCUGGUGCUCUUCAGCGAUGCCAUAGAACACAUAACACGGAUCAUGCGUGUCAUCAGCCAGCUGAGGGGCAACAUGCUGCUGGUGGGCAUCGGGGGCUCAGGGAGGACCAGCCUGUCUAAACUAGCAGCUUUUAUCUGCGAGUACCAAGUCUUCCAGGUGGAGGUGACCAAGCAGUACCGCAAACAGGAGUUCAGAGAAGAUAUCAAAAAACUUUAUCGGCUGAGUGGUGUGAACAACAAACCCACAGUAUUCCUCUUCAACGACACACAGAUUGUGGAUGAGUCCUUCUUAGAGGACAUCAACAACAUCCUGAGCUCUGGAGAGGUGCCCAAUCUGUACAAGCAAGACGAGUUUGCCGAGGUGUGCACAGCUCUCUUAGACAGUGCCAGGAAGGAGAACGUAGUAGAGACAACUGACUCCCUCUUCAGUUUCCUGAUUGAACGAGUAAGGAACAACCUGCACAUAAUCCUGUGUAUGAGUCCAGUUGGAGAGCCUUUCAGGAACCGCAUCCUGCAAUACCCAGCACUGGUGAACUGCACCACCAUCGACUGGUUCUGUGACUGGCCCAAUGACGCUCUGCUGGAGGUGGCAGAGAGAUACCUGACCGGAAUGGACCUGGGCUCUGUCAAAGGGAUUCAGACAAAAGUGGCCAGUAUUUUUGUUAUGAUCCACCAGUCAGUCGAACACAUCUCCAGAAAAAUGAAGCUGGAGCUAAGAAGACACAACUACGUGACCCCAACAAACUACUUGGAGCUGGUUUCUGGAUACAAGAAACUUUUAGCAGAAAAGCGCAAGGAGUUGGGAGACCAGGUGAGCAAGCUGCGUAACGGCCUGUUCAAGAUCAGCGACACAGGGAACAAGGUGGAGGUGAUGUCCGUAGAGCUGGAAGAAGCCAAGAAACAGGUGGCAGUGUUCCAGGAGCAGUGCGAUGAGUUCCUCACCAUCAUCAUCCAACGGAAGGCUGAGGCCAACCGGCAGCAGCAGGCGGUAACCUCUAACAGUGAGAAGAUAGCAGCAGAGGAAGUGCAGUGUAAAGCCAUGGCAGACAACGCACAGAGAGACUUGGAUGAGGCACUCCCUGCUCUGGAGGAGGCCAUGAAGGCCCUGGAGUCUCUGAACAAAAAGGACAUGACAGAGAUCAAGUCGUACGGGCGUCCUCCUGCGUUGGUGGAGACGGUGAUGCAGGCAGUUAUGACUCUGCUGGAGAAGGAGCCUACAUGGGCUGAGGCCAAGAGGCAGCUGGGUGAGGGCAACUUCAUUAAGACGCUGGUGAACUUUGAUAAGGACAACAUCUCAGACCGUGUGCUGAAGAAGAUUGGACAGUACUGUAAGCAGCCAGACUUCGAGCCGGACAUCAUUGGCAAAGUGUCACUUGCUGCUAAGUCCUUGUCCAUGUGGGUCAGAGCCAUGGAGGUUUACGGACGCAUAUACAGGGUGGUGGAGCCUAAGCGAGCCCAGUUAAAAGCAGCCAUGUCCCAGCUGAGGGAGAAACAGGCCGCUCUGGCUGAGGCACAGAAUAAACUAAAGGAGGUGGCAGAUGAGCUGGAUGAAUUGAAGAAACAGCAUGCAGAGAAGCUGACCAUGAAGGAGAACUUGAGGAAGAAAUCCGAGGACAUGGUGGUGAAAUUGGACCGUGCAGACAAACUGGUGACAGGGCUGGCAGGAGAGAGAAUCCGCUGGGAGGAGAGAGCCACUGGGCUGGAGAAGUGCAUAGGGUAUCUCAUAGGAGACAGUUUACUCGCUGCCUCCUUCCUUUCCUACAUGGGUCCAUUUUUAUCAAACUACAGAGAUGAACUGCAGGGCAUCUGGUUGAAGGAGAUUUGGAACUUGGAAAUUCCCUGCUCUCCUGGCUUUAGUUUUGCUGUUUUCUUGUCCAAGCCCACAGCCGUACGGGACUGGAACAUUCAGGGGCUGCCCUCCGAUGCUUUCUCCACUGAGAAUGGGGUUAUUGUCACUCGGGGAAAUCGAUGGCCGCUGAUGGUUGAUCCACAAGGUCAGGCUCUGAACUGGAUUAAGAACAUGGAACUGAAAAAGGGUUUGAAAAUCAUAGACUUCCAGAUGCCAGACUACCUGCGGGUUCUGGAGAAUGCCAUCCAGUUUGGAAACCCAGUCCUACUGCAGAAUGUUCAGGAUGAUUUGGACCCUUCUCUAAACCCUAUCCUCAACAAGUCUUUGACCCGGAUAGGUGGAAGGUUACUGAUGAAGUUAGGUGACAAAGAGAUCGAAUAUAACCCUGACUUUCGUUUCUACAUUGCCACCAAACUGUCCAACCCACACUACACCCCUGAGACUUCAACAAAGACCACCAUUGUAAACUUUGCUGUCAAAGAACAGGGUUUGGAGGCUCAGCUGCUGGGUAUUGUGGUUCGAAAAGAGCGUCCAGAGCUGGAGGAACAGAAGGACUCUUUAGUGAUCAGCAUUGCCUCAGGCAAACGCAGCCUGCAGGAGUUGGAGGAUGAGAUUUUAAGGCUUUUGAACGAGGCAUCCGGCUCUUUGCUGGACGACGUGCAGCUGGUCAACACUCUGCAGACAUCUAAAGUGACUGCCACAGAGGUCUCUGAGCAGCUGGUGACUAGUGAGACCACCGAGGUUGCCAUCGACUCUGCCAGAGAGGCAUAUCGACCAUGUGCACAACGAGCCUCCAUCUUGUUCUUUAUUCUAAAUGACUUGGGCCACAUUGACCCCAUGUACCAGUUUGCCUUGGACGCCUAUAUCAGCCUGUUCAACAUUAGCUUAGAGAAGAGCAAACGCAGCCACAAGCUAGAGGAGAGGAUCGCCAACCUCAAUAACUACCACACUUAUGCAGUCUACAAGAACACAUGCCGCGGUCUGUUCGAGGCGCACAAGCUGCUCUUCAGCUUCCAGAUGUGUGCCAAGAUCCUGGAGGUGUCUGGCAAACUCAACAUGGAUGAGUACAGCUUCUUCCUCAGAGGAGGCCUGGUCCUGGAUAAAAAGGAUCAGAUGUAUAAUCCAUGCACCAAUUGGCUGCAGGACUCAGCCUGGGACAACAUCACCACACUGGACAAGCUGCCAAACUUCCAUGGCAUCACAGCUUCUUUUGAACAGAAGCCCAAAGAGUGGCACAAGUGGUUCACCAGUGCAGAGCCCGAGAACGCUACACUGCCCGGCGAGUGGCAGGAGAACUGUAACGAGUUCCAGAAGAUGCUGAUUGUGCGCUCCUUACGUCAGGACCGUGUGUCCUUCUGCGUCGCUUCCUUCAUCUGUAAAAACCUUGGCUCUCGCUUUGUUGAGCCGCCUGUGCUGGACAUGAAGGCUGUGGUUGAGGAAUCCACUUGCAGGACUCCUCUGAUCUUCGUCCUGUCUCCUGGAGUGGACCCCACAGGAGCGCUGCUGCAGUUGGCCGAGUCAUCUGGCAAAAGCAGCCAGUUCCACGUGCUGUCCCUGGGUCAAGGACAGGCUCCCAUUGCCAAAAGGAUGAUCACAGAUGGUGUCAAGAAUGGUCACUGGGUGUUCCUGGCCAACUGUCACCUGUCUCUGUCGUGGAUGCCAGAGCUGGACAAACUGGUUGAGCAGCUGCAGGUGGAGGAGCCUCACCCAGACUUCAGACUGUGGCUGAGCUCGUCUCCUCACCCCGAGUUCCCCAUCACCAUCCUGCAGGCAGGCAUCAAGAUGACCACAGAGCCUCCGAAGGGCGUGAAGGCCAACAUGAAGCGUCUGUACCAGCUGGUGACAGAGGCACAAUUCAGCCACUGCUCCAGACCAGCAUUCUACAGAAAGCUCCUCUUCUCCCUCUGCUUCUUCCACAGUAUUCUGCUGGAGAGGAAGAAGUUUCUGCAGCUUGGAUGGAACAUUGUUUAUGGCUUUAAUGACUCUGACUUUGAGGUGAGUGAGAGUUUAUUGAGUCUGUACCUGGACAAGUAUGAAGAGAUUCCCUGGGACACGCUAAAGUACCUCAUAGCUGGGGUUAACUACGGAGGUCAUGUGACAGACGACUGGGACCGGCGCCUGCUCACUACGUACAUCAAUGACUACUUCUGUGAGGCUGCCGUCCAACAGCCAUUCUUCCAGUUGUCAUCCCUGCCUUCCUACUGCAUCCCUCAGGACUGCUCUCGGGCUUCCUGUGUUGACUUCAUCAGUAACCUCCCUGCCACAGAGCACCCAGAGGUGUUUGGACAGCACCCAAAUGCGGACAUCGCCAGUCAGAUUGCAGAGACGCGCACACUUUUUGACACCCUGCUCUCCCUGCAGCCUCAGGUCAGCAGCACAGGGGCAGGGACCAGCAUGACAAGGGGCAGCCGAGAGGACCGGGUGCUGGAGCUGCUGGGUGAAGUGAGCACAGAAAUCCCGGCCUUAGUGGACUAUGACCAUGCCAAAGCAAUGCUGAAGGACAACCUCACCCCUCUGAACGUGGUGCUGCUGCAGGAGAUUCAGAGAUACAACGCCCUGCUCAACACCAUCACUUCAUCCAUCAUCAAACUACAGAAAGGCAUCAAAGGGGUAGUGGUGAUGUCUCCCCAUCUGGAGGAGACCUUCAACUGUAUCUAUGACGUUCGUGUGCCCCCCCUGUGGGAGAAGGCGUACCCGUCCAUCAAGCCCUUAGCAGCCUGGACUAGAGACCUGUGCCAGCGCGUGGCUCAGUUUGCCUCCUGGGCUGGGACCACCGUUCCCCCCACACUGAUCUGGCUGCCCGGUUUCACAUUCCCCAACAGCUUUCUGACUGCUGUGCUGCAGUCCGCUGCCCGCCAACACAACAUCUCUGUGGACACUUUGUCCUGGGAGUUCAUCGUGUCCACUGUGGAGGACAGCCACCUGCUGCAACCACCCAAGGACGGAGUGUACAUCCGCGGCCUGUACCUGGAGGGGGCUGGCUGGGACAAGACUAACUCAUGCCUGGUGGAGGCUGAGCCCAUGCAGAUGGUGUGUCCCAUCCCCACCAUCCACUUCAAACCUGUGGAGCGCCGCAAGAAGAUGGCCAAAAGCAUGUACCUGUGUCCCUGUUACUACUUCCCGGUCCGCUCAGGGAAAGGUGGCCGGGCUGCGUUUGUGGUGGGAGUGGAGCUCAAGUCUGGAUCGGCUCCUGCGGACCACUGGAUCAAGAGAGGGACCGCCCUGCUCCUGAGCCUGGACAGCUGA